AUGACGUUUGGAGCUUUUUCGUCGAGUGCUUCAAAAGAAAAAGAUGAAGUCUCCAUAAGAAACAAAAAAAAGAACUCCCACCGACCAACGAAACCAGCGCAUGUAACAUCUCAAUCCACGAGUACUUCGGAUAUUCCACCACCUGCAUACACUGAAUAUCCCAUUCAACCGGAACCAAGACCUUCGACUUCAAGAGCUCCUCCUCCAGAAUACCAACGGGAUCCUGUGGUAUCCGGUGAACCACCAUACACUUCUAGACAAUAUGCGAUUCCAAAAAACACGAAACCAGAAUUCAUUGGAAUUCUGAAUCAACGACUUGAACAAAGUCGAAAACUAUUUGGAGGAGACGAUGGACCAAUUGAUGUCCCAACAGAUAUCGAAGAGAUUCUGAACAAGCUUUGCUAUCCAGCACCAGGAGAGAAUAGUGCAGAUUAUCUCUUGUUCAAAACCGAGUUGCACGCACUCUGGCGCCAGAACAAGGACAAGCAGAAUAAGAAAUGGCUCUCUGCAGCUAUAAAGAAUAUGAGAUACCUGGAUGACGCUGGAAAUGAUUUGGAACGAGAGCAGAGGACCCUGUAUGAAGCAUUCAAGAAGAGCCGUGAGAAGGAAUUCCUUUUGGCACUGAACCAAGAUCUUCAGGGGAUUUAUAAGGAUGUGCAAGCAAGAAAUGUGAUGGCGGAAAUGGGAGAUGUCAUGAUAUUCUUUCACUUUUUGAGGAAUAAGGAAGAGAUUGAGGAAGCCUGUUCUACAAAGCAUGGACUUCUCGAGUACUUUUUCGAGCAUCCGGACCAUUACCUGAUGCGAGAGAAGUUCAAAACUGUUCUCCUUUUCACUGAUCAUAUUGGAUUGACGGUCAGAUCUCAUAGUCCGAUGGCCAAAGAGCUCGACCGCUACAUUAAAAGGCAGUUGCCGAGUGCAAUAAACGUUCAGGAAGAGAAACGGAUCUACAUAGCUGGAACUGGAUGUGUUCGAGAUCUUGGUGACUACUACAUCAACAUUGUCGCAAGAUCCCAUCGAAUUAUUCUUUUGAAUCUUGUCAACUCGAUGUCAAAAUUCCUGGGAACUGCAUUGGAUGAAUACUUCGAAUUCGAUACAAACGCAAAGGAAUGGCAAGAUGUGAAACGGAUUUAUGAGGCAGAGAUUGCUCAGGAAGGAUAUGUUCCAGUGACAAAUAGAUCACGUACUCAUGUGAACAUUCUGGAAACUCGUUUGAAAACGAUGACCGUCGCACUCGAGACGUUGAAAUACAACCGAGAUCGACGUCCUCAUUAG